CCCCCGGACCUUCUCGUCUCUUCCCUUUUGGCCGGAGGAUCCGAGUUCAGAUCCGCCGCUCCGCACUCGAGCCUGACACACUGAACUCCAUUUCUUCCUCUUAAGUUUAUUUCUACUUCAGAGCCACUCACCCCCUCCCUCGCAGGGGAAAAAAACAAACCUUUCUUACCCCUUAAAGUGCGAGGUCUCCCCCUCCCCCCCUUGAGCAUCGCAUCUUAGUAUCUCCACGUUGGGAACGCGUUGCAUUUUCUUCUUUGAAGGAAUCCCAGCCAGGGACGGUUUUUUCUAUUGGGCAUUGACUUUCGACUGCUUUGCAAAAGUUUCGUAUUAAAAAACAACUCUACCUGACCCGCUCUGAGAAUUACUGGUUUCUUUUUAAAAAUUUUUUUUUCUCUUACUUUAAACAACAACAGCAGCAACGUUUCCACCUUUUAAAAACAUGCACUACUGCGUGCUGAGAACCUUUUUGCUCCUGCAUCUGGUCCCGGUGGCGCUCGGUCUGUCUACCUGCAGCACCCUGGACAUGGACCAGUUUAUGCGCAAGAGGAUCGAGGCCAUCCGCGGGCAGAUCCUGAGCAAGCUGAAGCUCACCAGCCCCCCGGAGCACUACCCUGAGCCGGGCAAGGUCCCCACGGAGGUGAUUUCCAUCUACAACAGUACCAGGGACUUACUGCAGGAGAAGGCAAGCCGGAGGGCAGCCGCCUGCGAGCGCGAGCGGAGCGACGAGGAAUACUACGCCAAGGAGGUUUAUAAAAUCGACAUGCCGUCCCACUUCCCCUCCGAAACUGUCUGCCCAGUUGUUACAACACCCUCUGGCUCAGUGGGCAGCUUUUGCUCCAGACAGUCCCAGGUGCUCUGUGGGUACCUUGAUGCCAUCCCGCCCACUUUCUACAGACCGUACUUCAGAAUCGUCCGCUUCGAUGUCUCCCCGAUGGAGAAGAAUGCUUCUAAUCUGGUGAAGGCAGAGUUCAGAGUGUUUCGCUUGCAGAACCCCAAAGCCAGAGUGGCUGAACAACGGAUUGAGCUCUACCAGAUCCUCAAGUCCAAAGACUUAACAUCUCCGACCCAGCGCUACAUCGACAGCAAGGUUGUGAAGACCAGAGCGGAGGGCGAGUGGCUGUCCUUCGAUGUGACUGAUGCAGUGCACGAGUGGCUUCACCACAAAGACAGGAACCUGGGAUUUAAAAUAAGUUUACACUGCCCCUGCUGUACUUUCGUGCCAUCGAAUAAUUACAUCAUCCCAAAUAAAAGCGAAGAGCUCGAGGCGAGAUUUGCAGGUAUUGACGGCCCCUCCACAUAUGCCGGUGGCGAUCAGAGAACUAUAAAGACCACUAGGAAAAAAAACAGUGGGAAGACCCCACAUCUCCUGCUAAUGUUGUUGCCCUCCUACAGACUGGAGCCGCAACAGUCCAACAGGCGGAAGAAGCGUGCUUUGGAUGCCGCCUAUUGCUUUAGAAAUGUGCAGGAUAAUUGCUGCCUUCGGCCUCUUUACAUUGAUUUCAAGAGGGAUCUUGGAUGGAAAUGGAUCCAUGAACCGAAAGGGUACAACGCUAACUUCUGUGCUGGGGCGUGCCCGUAUCUUUGGAGUUCAGACACUCAGCACACCAGGGUCCUCAGCUUGUACAACACCAUAAAUCCCGAAGCUUCUGCUUCCCCUUGCUGCGUGUCCCAGGAUCUAGAACCGCUGACCAUCCUCUACUACAUCGGAAACACACCCAAGAUCGAACAGCUUUCCAACAUGAUCGUCAAGUCCUGCAAAUGCAGCUAAGGCCCUCGGAAAAGCCACGACAGGGAAAUCACGCCGACAGUGACGCACGACAACGACAGUGACGAUGAUGACGUCUGUGACACCAGGGAGUUUUGAUUCAUCAAUGUUUAAAAACAAAAUGGAGAAAAAAGCGGUACUAGUUCAAACAUUUUUGCGAGCUUGUGUUCUGUUUGUUAAAACUGGCAUCUGAGAUUAUAAGCAACAGCAAAAAAACAUGAAAGGCUUUAGUCUGCAUCUCACCUAUUUCAUAAGAGACACAAAAAGAAAACAUCUUUUUUUUUUUUAAAGGAAAAAAAUAAACACUGGAAGAAUUUGUUAGUGUUAAUUAUGUGAAAGAAAAACAAAACAACACAGGAAAUCCGUUCAGUGGAGUUGUCCGUAUUGUUUUCAUCCCACACUUCACCCUGAGCCUCUCCUGGCUCCUCUGUACGGCUCUGCAGCGGGCACCCUCCCCGCCCCUUCCUCUGAGCUAACAGUGGGUUAUUUAUUGUGUGUUACUAUGUAAUGAACCUUUCAUUGCCCUUGGAAAACAAAACAGGUGUAUAAGUGGAGACCAAAUACUUUGCCACAAACUCAUGGAUGGCUUGAGGAAUUUGAACUCAAACGAGCCAGGAUCCCUGCGAGGCGUUCGACGACCGAGCGAGUCUGCGAAGAGAUCAACGCCCCUAGAACAUGUGUGCCGACUGCCGCGGAAGCUUCGUGGACGGCCGCACACUGAAAAGGCCUGUUAGCUAAGGAAACCUGGAGUCGGUGGGAAUUCGGAAGAUUGGUUUUUUUUUCCUUUUUAUUGUAAAUGGUUCUUUGCCAGUUUAAGCAAGCCAGUGACAUGUUGACCCGUUUGUAUGUUUAUCAUCAGACCUGGGACCGUGAAGGGGCUGUAGAGAUGUAGUGAGGGCUUUUCCUUUGUCUUGGUAUAUUUAAUCUCACCGAUAUUGUUAAAAUAGACGGGUCUAGAAGCCAGCAUAAUCGAAAACACACUGCAGAUCUGUUUUACAAAAGAUUGAAUCGAAACAUUAACUACUUUACAUGUGGUGUGUAGAUCUUACCAUGAUUUUAAUAUUCUGUAAUAAUGAUUAUGAUUUAGAUUGAAUUUAAAUUUGAACUUUUUUUUUUUUAAAUGAUCAUCCAGAUUGUAUGUUUGUUUCCUUUAGCUGGCCAGUACCUUUGAAUAAAACCCCUAGAUUUUGACUUGCACUACAAAUUCAAUUUUUUAUAAUAUCUUCUCUGCCUCUCUUUCAUGUAUUGUCCAUUUAAUGGCAUAAGCUAUCUGGUUUCAUUUCCCCCUUUCCUUCUAUUUUCCAAAAGAGAAACAAACACAGCACAAAAACAAAACCCAAAAAGAUAUGUUUGAGUUUCAAUGUCUUCCUCCAUCUUCUGUGUGUCAGCAUGAGUCAGGUUUGAUGUUGAGCAACACCUCUUCUGGGGAAACCAAGAUAUGUAAACACCGAUAACUGAGCACAAACGUGGUUUAAAGAGGGCUUAAGCAUCUGAACUCAGAAUCUCUGUGACUGAGGUGGAAAAAAUUUCCUUAAUUCAUGUUAUUUAUGGACUCUUGGUGCUGUUAAAAAGCAGACACUUCAAAGAAAGCAUCUUUUUCUUUAAUCGGGUUUUUGGUGUUCAUGUGAAGUAUUGAAAGAUACACAGUUUGGUUCAGUUUUUCAAAAGGGGAAAAAAUCCGGGCCAGCAUUCAUCAUUUCAUUAAUCAUUGCAUUUAUCAUCUAAUUCACUGUUUCAUUGACUUCACUCAAGUUCAGGUUUUGAAAGACAUUCUUUGAAGGCUGAAAACUCACAAACCAAAUUUUCCCCUGUCCGAACAUUCUUCCUUGUAUCUGAGGGUUAGUGCUCUGCAGAUGAGGCUGGCUCUCGCUUGGCUUGAGGAAAUACAGUGUCUGAUAUUUCAGAGGCAGGGCCUGGUGGUGGGCUGUGCGGGGCAGGGGGGUCCUUGUCACUGAUUUAGCUUCAAAUACAACUAGUCCAUGAAAUGAUGAAAUAUUUGUAGUCUUAACUGAAAGGAAGCACAGCGAGGUGUAACUACAAAGAGAAUUUCUUGGAUAUGGUAUACUUAGUUGGGGGAGUUUUCCUUGAAACUCACUAGGAAGAAGAACAGGAUUUACAAGCCAAAAGACAGACAGAGCAAGCUCUGGUGAAUGAUCCUUGGGUUGGUGUGCAACACCAUCCCAGAUUCACCUGUGUGCUCCUUUUCCUUCCCCUUCCACUGCUCUGUUAUUUCUGUAUUACACCACCAACUCCCUUGUUUCGGCAUAUAUUUUCCUCUCAGAAAAAAUGAAAUUUUUGUUCAGUAUGAUCUUGUCUCUCCUUCCGAAUGCACUGAUUGCUAUUUUAAGGUUUCUUGAAUCUUUUUUUUUUCUUUUUUUUUAAUUGUUGUUUCUUAAGUCUGGGUCCUACAGGUCUUUAUUUUCGGUUAGUAAAUAUUGCCACAGGAGGGGUGAUAGUGGGGAGGGCAUGAGUUAGCAUAUGGGCGGGGCAGCAGAUCGUAUGUGUUAAGCAACAGUACAGUUUUAUGGUUGGCAUGGUUUUUAAAGAAUGGAGUAUAAGAAUAGCUGGUAUGUGUUUUGAUGACCAAUUAUACUGUAUUUUAACACAAUGGAUGUCUGGUUUUUGUGGUGCUCUA